UUUUCAUGUAUUCCAUCAAAUGAAACAUUCUUUAAAUUACAAACAUGUAUUAUCGUUUUUACUAUUAUUAUCGAUAUUGAAGAUAUUUGUUAUAGCCGACGAUGAUACUUCAUCCUUACCAUAUACCCAUGUUCAACCUCGAGCAGCUCCAAAUGAUAUUACGGUAGAUUCAACGGCAAACUCUACGAAUACUCCUACAACAACAACAACAACUACAAUAACAACAACAUUAACUUCUUCUUUGACUCCUUCCUCCACAACAAACUCAACAACAAAUGUAACAACUCCUCUACCUCUAAAACCUGCUACACCUUUUCAUUACAAUCAAUCCAUUGUCAAUAAUACAGCAACUCCCAACAUUGCCUACCAGUUAAAUUGUCAAGUCGAUGAUCCUUUUUGCAGAAAAGUGGAAAAUGGUAUUGUACAAGCUCUUUUAGAAUUAGCCAAGGUCAUAGAUAUCAAAACAAAGAUAAUUAUCAAAAUCAGAUAUCAUAGCUUCUGUGCUACUUCAAGUUGUUCUAAUAGUACUUUUGGUUGGGGCAUUCCUUCAUCACAGUUUAUAUUACCAUUCGAUUAUGGACCCGAUUUGAAUCAUGUUUAUCCACAAGCACUUGCAAAACAACUUGUACCAGUUUACAACACUAGUUCUGUAUGGGCGGCAAGCGAUGUAACAGUUGAUAUCAAUCAUGAUGCUUAUAUGGAAGGAGUGGACUAUGAAAAAGCUCAAACUAUAGGAUGGAAUGGCACAGGUGUACCUCCUACUGGUCGAUUUUGGUUUGUGAAUGAUACUUCCUAUGGAAAUAAUACUAGCAUCGAUAAUAAUCAGGUAGAUUUCCGAUAUGUCUUUUUACACGAAUUAUUACAUGGACUUGGAUUCAUUAGUUCAUGGGCAGCCUAUUUCUGGUCAUCAUCAUCACCAUUUCGAUUGCUUGUGGAGAAUGUAGUGGAUCCCAGUCAGCUUCAAAUCAUCACACCUGGAAUGUAUUGGUCAAACGAUGUGGACGGUGGACCGAUUUAUAUUACUGGAUUCCAACCGACAAUGAUUUUUGAUAAGAAUCUAUUCAGUUAUAACAAAAAUGGAUCAACAACAAACAACGGUACCAGCUUGACAGAUCUUGGAUUCGAUAUGCAAAAUUUUUGUGUUCCCAGAACGGAAGGAUUUAUUCUUGAUUUUGUAUCCAAAUUUCAUCAAACCAAUCAAUCUAUAUCAGCAACCAAUUUAUGGAACAGUAUGGCGGAAUUGGACAGUCUCCUCUUCAAUUUCCCUCCAGCAGCAGUUGCUAAUAGUAGCUACAACACCAACAAAUACCUACGAGAAAAAUAUCAGAACAUGACACUAUUAACCGGAGCAGGAGUACUGGAUACACCAUUAGAACAUUUUGAUCAAACUACCAAUCGAGCAGGAACAGCCAUAUCGCAUGUGGAUGAUCAAUACAAUUCGACGGUUGAUUUUCUCAUGACUCGAGGCUUCAUCACAGGGCAAAGUUUGGAAGAUAUUACUCAAGAAAUGUAUCAAAACAUUCCAGUGAUUCAAUACAAUGUUACUUCUGACAACAAUAGUAUUAUCACCAAUACUUAUGCAUCACCGAUUGGACCGGGGAUUUUGAGGAUUUUGGAUUCGAUGGGAUAUUCGACAGCUUUGACCAAUACAAGUUAUGAAUCAACAGGAACUAGAGAUGAAAAAUUUCGAUCUAAUUGUGAUGAUAUGAAUGACAACAGUGGUAGUAAACCCAAAGUGACAACAGCUGCAACGGCAACCAGUGAUGGAAAAUGUAUUUACAAAAGUUUACAAGCAACUUGGUUUAUUGGAACUAUCAUGAUGAUUUUUCUAUUAUUGAUUUGGAACUCUGUUUGAUCUAUGUCCUCUAAGCCUUCCCUUCAUCUUUUUUUUUUUAUUGUAUAUGUGUG